AUGUCCCAACCAACGCAGCUUCUGGUGCUGGACACAUUUUUCAAUGGAAGUACCCGUUGCACAACCGAAAAUGCGCUUUCUAGCUGCCUCGUUACGGAUUUGCUGACACCAACCCACACGAGCUAUGGUUCUGAGACAACGAUUAUUGUUGCCCUUCUGAAUGAAGCAUCCCUAACAGAUGAUGUGGACCAGAAAGUUGUUAAACUCUUGCGCGUCAAAGAGUUGACCAUUCAUCAAGAAAGUUCAUUAUUGGACAAUUUUUUUGAGGAAGUUGCUGCCUUUCAACAUGAUACAAGUUUGGGUGUACGCAAGGUGGUCAUCAGUUUCAUUCAAGACGCAUGUCUGGCCGACCCUACUCUGGUCAAAAAAGCAGUUGGCAAUCUGUUCUACCUAUUCUCCUCGGCAAUCCAACAGGAUCCACCCGGGUACAGCUUGCUAAGAAGUCUCACGCUCUCCAUGGUCCCUAUCUACCGUGUCGCCCUGACACGCGCCGUCAAGGUUGGUAUCAUCGAGUCUGGGGUCACCAUUGGCGGUUCGACUGGGAUUCCCGCGGACUCAGCGGCCGAUGUUGCACUCGAAACGUUCCGCAGCGUCGCCGGCUUGAAGGAUGAAAUUAUUCGCCUCCUUUUACCUACUUCGGUCCCUGGCCAGUCGGCUUUUGGAUUUUUGAGCCCCAUCACGCUAAAUGACAGUGCUCGGACAGGCGUCCUCCGUCUGGUUGAGGCGGUCAUCAUACUACACUCACGGCGCCUUCCGAAUUCGGACAUCCCACGGGAGAACGAGGGAGACAUUUCCCUAGAUCAAAUUCCCGACAUGACCAAUGCACAACUCCAGAGUGUUUUGGAAGCCAGCACGGCGGCUUCCUCGGCCACAUUGCUUCCUGGCGUUUGCUUGGUUCGUCCGCGUCGUCUUGGAGAGGAGGCCGAACGGUUGUUUUCCGGGCUCCUGGAUCUACCAAUGCGAGGCAAAACAGGCAACAAACCGAUAAGCCCUCCAGUGAUGGAAGACGUUAUGGACUGUCUGGUUAGAAUCGCAAAACAGCGUCCACAGUUUAUGGAUAGAGUGGUCCAGUCGUUCGAGACGGUCCACGUCACCCUACCUCCUCACUUCUCCGUGGUUCAAGUGGGCACCGUACGGAAGAAGUUGAAGACCUGUCUCCUGCAGCUUUUGCGGCAUCCUGCCUCUGUUUCCGACUAUCAGGGUCGAAUCACCAUCUUGCUGACUGAUUUGGGAGCUACCCAGGCCGAGGUUGUCGCAGCCCUCCAGCGACCCUCCGAUUUCCGUCACCUUCUUCCACCCGGGGCCUCAGAAUCGGAAGCUACUGACCAUGGCGAUGUGGACAUGCGCCAAAUGUCAGCCAUACGACCGGAUCUAGCGGGGCGGCCCCCUCCAAUAACUCAGCUCACGAGUCCCAUCAAUUCCAGCCGAAUUUCCGCUGCUCAUCCCUCUGCUGUAUCAACUCAUCCAGAUGGUGUCACCUUGAAAAUCCAACCACCCAGUUCACUACACACCACAUCCAUCGAUCCUCGCUCGGCUGGACAAGCGAACUUCUCGAUGGCUGAUGCUGAAGCCGCCCUCAGGUUUGACGACGAUGAUGAUGACGAUGAGGAUGAUAUACAGAUUAUCCGUUCUCGCCGUCCACGUGCUAAGCGACAAUCGACCGCAACAUCUGUUGUGGUUUCAACAAGCGCCUCCGCGGUGUCUGCAACGGGUGAUGCGGGGAAAAUGUCAGUGGCUGGUGGCAAACUCGGUCAACUUCAAGCCGAGCUGCCCUCGGUGGAUUUCGUCACAAAUCGACUCGUGCCUCGGUUGACCACGGCUAAUGUGGCCGAUUUGGUGCUGCUUAGUAUGGUCACCCUCCCCGAUCAAAUGCCAGCCGCUUUCCAGUCAACCUAUACGCCGAUUGCUGCAGCUGGUACUUCAGCGCAAAUUCGCCAUCUGGCACGCCUGUUAGCUGUGCAGUUGGUUGUCUGGGCCGGCGAAGCCAGCCAUCCCGAUCCGACGGAGAAUCUGAGCCAACUGGAAAGUCUGUUACGUCCGUCACAAGAAGAGUUGGAACAAAUGGCUGGACCAGGGAUCAAACGACCCUCUAAGCUGGAUGCCUCAGAUGCCGCGGGACUGAAGGAUGGAGUUCGAGUUAAGAAACGCCGAGUGACCACUGUCGGGGACAAACCUGGUGCGGAUAAUGAUGCGGAAGAUGAAGACGCCAUGAUUCGGGCAAACGCAGCUCGUCGAAUGCAUGGCGCUGCACCAAUGAACAUUUCCACCGUGAUCAACUAUGGCCAACAACCAAUCCCGGUUAGUUCAGCUUCGAACUUGGACAAUGCACUUUUGGGUGGAUUGACUUCCGCCCCAAUCUCCGGUCUGCCACCCAUGUUCCCACCAAACGUUCCGCCACCAGGCCUUGGCGGAUCGAAUGUGAUUUUACCUACAUUCGACCCAUCACAGCCUCCCCCACCAUUGAGCGCAGUGCCACCGCAUUCCGUGCCAUCCGCUAGUGCCGCCUUCGGACCAAUGGUUGCGACCGCUCCAACAAUUCCGGUGCCUGUGUCAAUUCCAGAGAUUGUUCCUCCGGCAAGCACUAUUCCAGCUCGACCAUUCUCUCUGGACGCGGUCACCACGCCAUUGCCGCGCGCACUCCAACGUCAGCUGGCCCGGGAUGCCUUUCAGCGUAUUUUGGAUGGAUUCGAAGAUUCGACAGCACGCCGGAUUCCCGUUGGUACGGACAAUCAGCUCCUACUAACCAGCAUAGGGGGAACGGAACCGGGGUCGACAACACAGCAGCUGUGUAGAAUGAAACUGCUUACCCGUUUAACCACCCGUCGGUUCGGUGGGAAUGAGUUCUACAGCAUUUUGAUUGAUUAUGCCAUCAAAAAUCUACGCCACGGAUUUGAGCUUUUAUCCAAAUUACUCAUGCAAGAGUAUUGUCGUUUUCGUGGCUUUCAACUCUCGGAAUUCGGUAACUUUUUGAUUGCUCGACGUCGACAACUGGCACGUUUGAGGGGCAGAUCUCGGAAACCCAGCACAUCUACUGGGGGCGGUCUUGAUGAUUCUGCUGAUGACGAGCUCAAGCGGGGAACCGAAGUCAGUGAGCGUGAGCCAGAACUUUCCAAUCCAUUGUCGGAGGAAGAAUUAGAGCGGGACUUUAGCCGGGACGCUGCCGGUUCUACGGACGAUCAGGUGACUGAAGACUCUGGUCAAUUUCUUGACUCUCCGACUGCCUCACCCAGGGGGCUUUCAGGCAGCAGUGAGGGUGUAGAUAACAAGCAAUCUGCCCUAAAGACGAUAAAACCGGAACCACGCGACAGCAAAGCCCGCCUGGUUUCGUCCCCGGAUGAUCUUGGCUGCUUAUCGUUUUACGAUUGCCUGCUGAUCGAUGUACUUCAGCGACUCUCACAUCCGGACGUCCGCCAGAGCUACUUCGGGCGCCUCCUAAUAGAGGCUCCACUUCUGACUGCCGGUGCUUUGAGUGUCCUGAAACGCUAUUGCUGGAGUGCUUCCCAAGCAGGCUACGGUUUCCAGGUACUGCGUACCCUAAUUGAACUUCGUCCAGUCGGACAACGGGAGGAUUUAUUGUAUAUGCUUCUCAACUUCUGCGCAGUCGAUGAUACUGAGGUUCGAAAGGCUGCCCUUUCGGCCACACGCGAGCUUGUUGCUUUGAAUACAGGAUGGCAAGAUCACAUCGAGGCUUUCGCCAUCAACUCGUUGAAGAAACUGCUACAGCCGCGACCCACGGCUGACAUAUUCCCGUUUAGUACACAGCCUGUUAUCCCGCCAUCGUGGAAUGAUGAGGCUUGUCAAGCCUGUGCUCAUCUCUUCUUGGGUUUGAUGCCUCAAAUACCAGCCUUGAUGCAUGACUUAGCUGAGGUCUACGUGGGUGCCAGUCCAGAGGUGAAACGCUGUACGCUUCGCAUGAUCGAUACUCCCAUCCGUGAAAUUGGUCUCUAUUCUGCUGACUUGCAUGACCUGGUUGACCAGUGUCCAGUCGGUGCAGAGACUCUCAUAACGCGAAUGCUUCACUUACUCACCGAUUCACCGUCUGCUAUGGCCGCUGCUCAGGCGACAGCCACAGCCGCCGCCGCCGCUGCUGCUGUCGCAUCGUCCGCUGCUUCGUCGACACAGGGGACCACGCCGAUCUCCUCCGCUCCACAAGUGUCUGCCAUCACUGGCAACUCUCCACCCGUUAUCAUUCCUCCUAAGAGUCUGGUUGACCGGGAUGUGAUCCUGGCGCUGCCACGUUUGGUACAGUUGAGUGAAAAGGUGGUGAAGGAGGUGCUCGCUCGUUUAUUGCAUGCCAGUGUGUCUACCCAGUAUGCUCAACCAGUCCCCGGUGUCCGAAACGUCGAGGAUUCCAUCCCCAGUCCGAAUACGGAAGCUCCUCUAGGUCCCCUGAAACCAGAAGAAAUACUCGUGGCGAUCCAUUUGUUGGAGUUUGCCAAGGAUCCUUCCGCGCCAGCCACGGACGCGAAAUCUUCCAAGCCCUACAUCAGUUUGCAAGCCAUUCUUCACGCUUGCCGCGUAUGCUUUGCUGAACGUCGUCUAUUCACGCAAGAGCGAUUGUCCGCAGCGAUCGGACAACUUCUGGAACAACCAACUUUGCCAACCCUGUUCAUGCGGACUGUGAUGCAAGCAUUGGCGUUACAUCCUCGCUUGGCCGGCUACGUAAUCAACGUGCUGGUUCGCCUGAUUCGCAAGCAGGUGUGGAAAAGUGAGAAACUUUGGGACGGAUUCAUCCGGUGCUGCGUCAAGACGCGACCGCAAAGCUAUCAGGUCCUGCUCCAGUUACCACCGGAACGAUUAGAGGAUGUGUUUCGGCGUGAACCGGCUAUGCGCACCCAGGUUCGACGUUAUGUGGAGAACUUUUCAUCUGCUCAGCGUAUACACAUCUCCAAAUCAAUCGUAGAGGUUCUUGAACGAGUCCCGACACCACCACCACAACCAACCAAAGGCGCUGCUACGGCAGAAAUGGGAUCAAAGGCAGAGGAGGCGCUUGAAAUAUCGGCAUCUCCUCCACCCAGUCCGUUAUCUUCCGGCCCUGGAACGCCUACCAGGGACGAAAUUCCGCACCAAGAUAUCUCUGCUGCUGCCUUGGCUGUUGCGGUUGUGAUGCUUGGAAACAACGCCACAUCAACGCAGUCUGGGGCGGUCCAACCACAGCCCUACAGUCUAAUGCCACGCCAAGCUCAUCCACCUUCGCCUUCCACAUUCAGUCCUUCUGGAGAAGCAUCUGAGCAUCACUCAAGAUCUCCUUUCGGAAACGAAUCAUACUUGGCCAGCAGAACAUCAACAAUGGACCAAGAGAGAGAACGGGUAACCGAGCCCUCAGCAGAUGAUGACCUGGAGCCACCCACCCUCCCUCCAACACGAAUUUUCUCAACACUAUCAAAACUGCCGGAUAGGUCAGUUCACUCGGACAACUCGGACGAUGGGACAGCUCGUUUGCUUGAACUGGUGGACCAGACACCUUUGGAUUGGUCUACCGAGGAUGCUGAUGACUUCAUCCUACGUGAUCCAAAACCACCAGACGAUUCACGACAACCAAAGCGCCCGGUGGACUUGGAGAAGUUGGAAGCUGACAGGAGGCGUUUGGAGGAAGAAGCGUCAAAGUUCAGAAAAUUGCGAGCGGAACGUAAACAAGCCCAGUCAUCUCACGACAGUCCUGUGCCGGAGUCCAAUGCAGACCAAUGAUAGACGGCUUUUUGUCCAGCUAUGCGUUGACUGGUUUUUUUUGUGUACAGCGUUUUGCAGCUCUGCCAUAUAUAAACUUUAUUGCUG